GAGAGGAAAAGAGAGCGAAUGAGGAUUUCGCUGUUCAAUUCGUCGUUCACUCGUUAAUAAACCUCCAAUCAAGUUUCCCAGCCGGAAUUAAACUCCAAAUCUAUCAACCCUUGCUCAAAUCCUACUUAAGCAGGUGAAGUUAUGCCUUGAAAAGAUAUAUAUGUAUACCCAUCAACUGCUGCUUAAUGACUACUACUGUAAUCGAAACGCCUGUUUCAGGCAAGAUUGGUGAUCGAUUAAGCAGUGAUGUGGUUGUUAGAUUAAGAACACAAGAUGGCCGCGAUGAUUGGAUCUACUGUCACUCAGACCUCCUCACUAAAAACAGCAAGUACUUUGCUGAUAGAUUAUCUGACAACUGGCCUACUUGUCAGAUUCUCGAUUCACGCUAUUGUGUUGAGGUUCAUUGUCAGGAAUCCAAUGUUGAUUAUCAUAUUAUUAUCCUUAGAUUAUUCUAUGAUGGUGCAGUUGGUUCAUUAACCCACUUCCAUUCUGUGAAGAAUGCUCUUGGUCUCCUUCAGGUAGCCAAUGAGCUCAUUUGCCCACAUAUUAUUGCUUCAUGUGUUGACUAUUUGGAAGCAGUUCCAUGGGAUGAAUUCGAGGAAGAAGAGAUUCUAAGAAUCAUUCCGAAUAUGGGUUUGGAAGUCAAACCAAUUCUCGCCCGUCUUCAACCAGUCAAUGUAUCAGCUACAGUUAGGGUUUUUCUUUCAACGAUUCAGUUUGCAACUUCUUUGCUUCCAUCCACUUUAAAUGAUCUAAAAUCAUCAGCACAAGAUCAGAUCGAGUACAUGCUUACAGAAGAUGAUGACUCCCCUAUGAUCGUCGCUGACGAUAGUGUGAAAUCAAAGGUGGGGUGGUGCGUUCAGAUAUUAUUUUCCAGAUUCAGCAAUCUAUUAGUGUCUUUACAAUUUGAAUCUAAAGAUUCUAAUCUCGAAGCUCAGAUGCUAUUGCUUCACUCCCAGUUAAAAGAUUUAUCGUGGGCUUGUCAGAUACUUACUAAGCUGGAACUAAUGAAGACUCUAGCUAAUAAAUGGGUAGAUGCAUCAGAAAACAUAGUGAAAGUAGUUGACAGAUCUGAAAUGGUGGAUAUUAAAUUGAAAGUCACUGAAGUGACUUCAAAGGUAUUAGAUUCCAUGGCUUAUGGAACUGUUAUCUUACCAACUUUCAAACGACUUCAGAUGGUGAAGAUUUGGCUUCCGUUUGUGAGGGUCACGAAGCCUUUGAUAGAUUCUGAUGCUAACAUCGAGGAUCAUGAGCUUUGGCAGUCUUUGGAAUCAGCAUUUGUUUCUAUAGUUCUUGCAUUGCCCUCAAGUGACCAAGCUGAUAUCUUAAACGAAUGGUUGAAAAGUGAGCAUGUUCAUUAUCCCGAUCUUUCUGAGGCGUUCGAGGUAUGGUGUUACAGGACUAAGGUUGCCUCUAGGAGAUUAGCAGUUAUUGGUGAUGAUAAGUGUAUAAUCAAUAAUAGUAGUACUAUGAGACUUUGACCCUUUUUUUCUAAAACCAUUUAUCCUAAUAAUGCUUUAACACUGAUUUGUAUACCAUCCUCCCAUUAAUAGUAAUGUAUGUAUUACAACAAUCCCAAGAUCUAUAUAACAUGAUGUCUGCAUAAAGUAGCAAAAAUAUAAUAAUAUACAAUCCCCAAAUUAUAUGCUUCUAAA